CGCGGGCGGGGGCAGGGCUGGGGCCGACCGGGAGGCCGGUGCUGAGGAUGGGGGCUGCCCGGCCGCCCCGCGCGUGAGAAGGCCGAGGGGCGCGCCACCCCGUUCCGGGGCGGGCGCCCCCCGGGCCCUGCCACCCCCACCCCGCCCGGCUGUCGUGGCCCGGGAUGCGGAGCCGGGGGCCGCCGGUGGAGCUGCGCGGGGUGAGAGGCGCGGGGAAGGGGGCUGCCUGCUUCCCUCACCCUCGUCCCCCACCGGCGGGCCCCGGCAGGAAUUCGGGAGCCGCGCGGCCCGGCCCUCUUAGCGCCCUGACGUUUGGGGGGGACAGGUGAACCCGCCGCCCUACCCGCACCCCGCCCCCCCCGGGCAGCUGAAUCAGAGGGGACGACCCUGCCCUCUUAAGGAGGCUUUUUGUUGCUCCUGCGGAGGGCCCCCCGAGCCAUGGCCACCAGGAGCCCCCUAGAACCUGCAGGGACUGCCCCCCAUCCUGGCCGCCGGGGCCCGCCCUCUGUAUCCCGCGGGCAGCCAGUGUGAAGCGGCCUCCCGCAGCCCCCGGCCCCUCCCCCAUGGAGGAGGAGGAGGGGGGGACGGCCAAGGAGUGGGGCACGACCCCCACGGGGCCCGUCUGGACCGCGGUGUUCGACUACGAGGCGGCGGGCGAUGAGGAGCUGACCCUGCGGAGGGGCGACCGCGUCCAGGUGCUUUCCCAGGACUGUGCGGUGUCGGGCGACGAGGGCUGGUGGACCGGGCAGCUACCCAGCGGCCGUGUGGGCGUCUUCCCCAGCAACUACGUAGCCCCCGGCGCUCCCGCCGCGCCCGCGGGCCUCCAGCUGCCCCAGGAGAUCCCCUUCCACGAGCUGCAGCUAGAGGAGAUCAUCGGUGUAGGGGGCUUUGGCAAGGUCUACCGGGCCCUAUGGCGCGGCGAGGAGGUGGCUGUCAAGGCCGCCCGGCUGGACCCUGAGCGGGACCCGGCAGUGACAGCAGAGCAGGUGCGCCAGGAGGCCCGGCUCUUCGGAGCCCUGAAGCACCCCAACAUCAUUGCCCUCAGAGGUGCCUGCCUCAGCCCCCCACACCUCUGCCUGGUGAUGGAGUAUGCCAGGGGGGGCGCACUGAGCAGGGUGCUGGCAGGCCGCCGGGUGCCCCCUCAUGUGCUGGUCAACUGGGCUGUGCAGGUGGCCCGGGGCAUGAACUACCUACACAAUGAUGCCCCCGUGCCCAUCAUCCACCGGGACCUCAAGUCCAUCAACAUCCUUAUUCUGGAGGCCAUCGAGAACCACAACCUCGCAGACACGGUGCUCAAGAUCACAGACUUCGGCCUCGCCCGUGAGUGGCACAAGACCACCAAAAUGAGCGCUGCGGGGACUUAUGCCUGGAUGGCUCCAGAGGUUAUCCGUCUCUCCCUCUUCUCCAAAAGCAGUGACGUCUGGAGCUUCGGGGUGCUGCUCUGGGAGCUGCUGACGGGUGAGGUCCCCUACCGUGAAAUCGACGCCUUGGCCGUGGCAUACGGCGUGGCUAUGAACAAGCUGACGCUGCCCAUCCCCUCUACGUGCCCCGAGCCCUUUGCCCGCCUACUGGAGGAAUGCUGGGACCCAGACCCCCACGGGCGGCCAGAUUUCGGCAGCAUCUUGAAGCAGCUUGAAGUCAUCGAACAGUCAGCCCUGUUCCAGAUGCCCCUGGAGUCCUUCCAUUCGCUGCAGGAAGACUGGAAGCUGGAGAUUCAGCACAUGUUCGAUGACCUCCGGACCAAAGAGAAGGAGCUCCGGAGCCGGGAGGAGGAGUUGUUGCGGGCCGCCCAGGAGCAGCGCUUCCAGGAGGAGCAGCUGCGGCGGCGGGAGCAGGAGCUGGCGGAGCGCGAGAUGGACAUCGUGGAGCGGGAGCUGCACCUGCUCAUGUGCCAGAUGAGCCAGGAGAAGCCCAGGGUCCGCAAACGCAAGGGCAACUUCAAGCGUAGCCGCCUGCUCAAGCUGCGGGAAGGUGGCAGCCACAUCAGCCUCCCCUCCGGCUUCGAGCAUAAGAUCACAGUCCAGGCCUCUCCAACCCUGGACAAGCGGAAAGGAUCCGACGGGGCCAGCCCCCCCGCAAGCCCCAGCAUCAUCCCCCGGCUGAGGGCCAUUCGCCUGACUCCUGUGGAUGGUGGUGGCAGCAGCAGUGGCAGCAGCAGUGGCGGCAGUGGGACAUGGGGCCGCAGCGGGCCCCCAAAGAAGGAAGAACUGGUUGGAGGCAAGAAGAAGGGCCGCACAUGGGGACCCAGCUCCACCCUGCAGAAGGAGCGGGCUGGAGGGGAGGAGAGGCUGAAGGCCCUGGGGGAAGGAAGCAAACAGUGGUCAUCAAGCGCCCCCAACCUGGGCAAAUCCCCCAAACACACACCGAUAGCCCCAGGCUUCGCCAGCCUCAACGAGAUGGAGGAGUUCGCGGAGGCGGACGGAGGCAGCGUGCCGCCCUCCCCCUACACCACCCCGUCCUACCUCACUGUGCCGCUGCCGCCCGAGCCCUCCCCGGGGGCGCCCACGCCCCUGUCCCGGCUGGGCCACGGCGGCCGGCGGCGCUGCGAGCUGGCUCUGCUGGGCUGCGCCACGCUGCUGGGCGCCGUGGGUCUGGGCGCCGACGUGGCCGAGGCGCGGGCGGCCGACGGCGAGGAGCAGCGGCGCUGGCUGGACGGCCUCUUCCCCCGCGCCGGGCGCUUCCCGCGGGGCCUCAGCCCGCCUGGCCGCUCGCCCGGCCGCCGCGACGACGCGGCCCCCGGCCCGGGCCUGGCGCCCUCGGCCACCCUCGUGUCGCUGUCGUCCGUGUCCGACUGCAACUCCACGCGUUCGCUGCUGCGCUCCGACAGCGACGAGGCCGCGCCGGCCGCGCCCUCCCCGCCGCCCUCCCCGCCCGGCACCAACCCCCUGGUGGACCUGGAGCUGGAGACCUUCAAGAAAGACCCCCGCCAGUCGCUCACACCCACCCACGUCACGGCCGCGCGCGCAGUGAGCCGUGGGCACCGGCGGACGCCGUCGGACGGGGCGCUGGGGCAGCGGGGGGCGCCCGAGCCCGCGGCUCCCCGCCCUGGCCCUCCUCGAGACCCCCUGGACUUUCCCCGCCUGCCCGACCCCCAGACCCUGUUCCCGACCCACCGUCGGCCCCCCGAGUUCCCUGGCCGCCCUACCACCCUGACUUUUGCCCCAAGACCCCGGCCGGCUGCCAGCCGCCCCCGCCUGGACCCCUGGAAACUGGUCUCCUUUGGCCGGACACUGAGCAUCUCGCCUCCCAGCAGGCCGGACACCCCAGAGAGCCCUGGACCCCCCGGCAUGCAGCCCACGCUGCUUGACAUGGACAUGGAGGGGCAGAGCCAGGACAGCACAGUGCCCCUGUGCGGGACCCAUGGCUCCCACUGAACCCUGCCCUCCACCGCCCGCCUGGGCAGCCAUGAAUGUAGCGCCCCAGGCCCCGCCCCAGCCUGCCAUGCCACAAGGCGGGGGAGGCCCUGGGCAGGAUACUCACUAUUUAUUGGGGAAGGGGGGAGGGGGUCACUUAAUUUAUUCCUUUGUACCCCAGAGGGUGGGGCC